GGAUCCUCCCGCGUGACCCUCAGAGCGGCCUCGAGCCAUUGGCCACACGUCGACCUGCCCCCUGCCGCGGUCGGUGCAAGAGUCUGCUGACCCCGCGGUCCAGAUCCCGUGGCCAGGCGCGCGGCGGGAGACACUGGGCUGGAAUCCGGAGCAGGACAGGCGCGGGCCGCUACUGCGGGACAGGUAUGGGGUGGGGGUCAGGUUGUGAGACAGAAAAGUGGAGACAGACACCAAGAGAGACAAGAACAGGGGUCAGAGGGUCUGACAGAGGUGAACGCAAGAGACACUCGUGAGCAGGAUCGGGAUGGGGCACGUGGCCGCGGAGACACCGACACAAGGCGGUGGCAGGUUCCAGGUGUGUCUCGAACCCCUGCAGGCCUAGAGCGAUGGAAGCUCCAGGGACCCCACGACCUCCUGGUCUCCUCGCGGGCGGAGGGAGUCAGGGCCCUGCUAACCCCGCUCCCGAGCCGAAGCAGGUCCCCGAGCUGAUCCGCCUGAAGCGAGACGGAAGCCGCCUGAGCGAGGCGGACAUUAGGGGAUUCGUGCGCGCCGUGGUGGACGGGAGUGCGCAGGCCGUGCAGAUCGGGGCCAUGCUCAUGGCCAUCCGACUUCGGGGCAUGGACCUGGAGGAGACCACAGCGCUGACCCGGGCCCUGGCCGAAUCGGGGCAGCGGCUGGAGUGGCCAGAGGCCUGGCAGGGGCAGCUCGUGGACAAACAUUCCACAGGGGGCGUGGGUGACAAGGUCAGCCUGGUCCUGGCACCUGCCCUGGCUGCCUGUGGCUGCAAGGUGCCAAUGAUCAGCGGACGUGGUCUUGGGCACACGGGGGGCACCCUGGAUAAGCUGGAGUCUAUUCCUGGAUUCACUGUCAUCCAAAGCCCAGAGCAGAUGCAAGAGCUCCUGGAGCAAGUGGGCUGCUGUAUCGUGAGCCAGAGUGAGAAGCUGGUUCCUGCAGACGGAAUCCUGUAUGCAGCCAGGGAUGUGACCGCCACUGUGGAUAGCCUGCCCCUUGUCACAGCCUCCAUCCUCAGUAAGAAGGCAGUGGAAGGACUCAUGGCUCUGGUGGUGGAUGUGAAGUUCGGGGGUGCUGCAAUCUUCCCCAGUGAGGUCCAGGCCCGGGAGCUGGCAAAGACUCUGGUGGAAGUGGGGGCAGGCCUGGGGCUUCGGGUUGCGGCCGCCCUGACCUCCAUGGACACCCCUCUGGGCCGAAGCGUGGGCCACACGCUGGAGGUAGAGGAGGCGCUGCUUUGCAUGGACGGCGCCGGGCCCCCAGACCUGCGGGACCUGGUCACCCGACUAGGGGGCGCCCUGCUCUGGCUCAGCGGACGCGCGCAAAGCCAGGAGGAGGGCGCAGCCCGGGUGGCCGCGGUACUGGACGACGGCUCCGCCCGGGACCGCUUCCAGCGGAUGCUCGCGGCGCAGGGCGUGGACGAGGACCUGGCUCGAGGCCUGUGCUCCGGGACCCCAGCGCGGCGCCGAAAGCUUCUGCCCCGCGCCCGGGAGCAGGAGGAGCUGCGCGCGGCCGCCGACGGUGAGCGCGGGAGGGGCCGGGGACCCCCGCCCGCCCGGCCCUCCCGGGGCCCAGCCCGUCUCGGGGACCCCCGACGUCUCCCCAAAGACCCCAACCUACCUUGCCCCCACCUCCCCGAGCCUAGCCGCUCUCCGGGGAUUCCUGCGCGCUGCGGGGACCCCGUCCCUCUCCGAGCCCAGCUCCCCGCCGCGGCGCCCCGGCCCGCCCAGCGCCCUCUCCCCGCAGGCACCGUGGAGCUCAUCCGGGCGCUGCCGCUGGCGCUUGUACUGCACGAGCUCGGGGCCGGACGCAGCCACGCUGGGGAGCCCCUCCGGCCCGCCGUGGGCGCCGAGCUGCUGGUGGGCGUGGGCCAGAGGCUGCGCCGCGGUGAGCUUGCCCCGGCCCCCGUCCGCCCGCCGCCGGCCCCGGCCGCCUCCCCGCGCGCCCCGCCGCUAACCCCGCCGGCGCGCCCACCCGCAGGGACGCCCUGGCUCCGCGUGCACCGGGACGGGCCCGCGCUCAGCGACGGCCAGCGCCGCGCCCUGCAGGGGGCGCUCGUGCUCUCGGGCCGCGCGCCCUUCGCCGCGCCAUCGCCGUUCGCGGAGUUAGUCCUGCCGCCGCCCGCGCGCGCUCCCGGGGAGCCGCAGCAAUAA